AUGGCGCCGAACCGCAUCGAGCAGGACGAAAUCGAAAAGUACUGGGAGAUAUUCAGUUCGCUCAGCAACGGCGGCACUCAUCUCGACGGCGCGCAAGCAGCGCCUGUACUCAAGAACUCACAUUUGCGGGAUGAUCAGCUGGAGAGAGUGUGGGAUCUGGCGGAUGUGGACAACGAUGGCAACCUUGACUUUGAGGAGUUUUGUGUUGCUAUGAGACUCAUCUUCGAUUUGAUUAAUGGGAUCUCAGUGGAUGUACCCAAAGUUCUCCCCGACUGGCUUGUCCCUGAAUCAAAAGCCCAUCUCGUUCAAGCUACGCGCGCCCUCUCCGGCUCCCAGCCCGCCUAUGAAACUGUCGAUGACGAUGACGACACACCUGGUCUACGCGACGGCUUCGAUUGGUACAUGUCGCCAUCCGAUAAGGCCAAAUACGAAGAAAUCUACACUGCGAACCGCGACGGCCACGGCAACAUCACCUUCGAUAGCUUAUCCGGCUUGUUCGAAAGUUUAGAUAACGUCCCAGAUUCCGACGUGCGAUUUGCAUGGAAUCUGGUCAACCCCAAAGCAAGAGAAAGCGUCGGCAAGGACGCCGCACUAGCAUUCCUACACAUACUCAACCAGCGAAGCGAAAGUUUCCGUGUACCUCGCAGUGUGCCACCGAGCCUACGCGCCAGUUUCGAAAAAGCGCAUAUCGACUACGACAUUGAAUCAAACGCAAACUCGCGAUGGGCAGCCACACGCGACGAGAACACAGCCACAGGCCGCAAAGCCAAAUUCGGCGACGCAUACCUCACACGCCUGGGUGUUGGCGACCGUGCCGCAAAUUACGGUGCGCGGGGCGGCAAGGGCACAGAUUUCGGGGGCCGCACAACAGAAGACUGGGAGGAAGUCCGACUAAAGAAACAACUCCGCGAGCUCGAACAGAAGAUUGCAGAUGUGGAGAAGGAGGCGGAGAGCAGGCGGCAUGGCAGGAGCAAGGAUAGUAAGCCGGCGCUUGUUAAGCGGGAACUUGAGCUCUUGCUUGACUACAAGAGGAAUGUGUUGAAGGAGUUGGAUAAUGAUGAGGGUGGUGCGGUGAAGGGGCUGGGUGGGAUUAGAGAAGAGAUUGAGACGGUUAGGGAACAGGUUGAGGGGUUGCAGGGGCACUUGGAGAAUAGGAAAGGUGUUUUGGAGGACUUGAGGAGGCAAAUUGAUGACGAGAAGGCGAGGUGA